GUAAGUUCUCUCUGUUGACAGUGAGACCCAUGGUUGUGAUAUCGUAAUUUUUAAAAUUGAAUGGGUUCUUCGUAUAAGUACCGUUAAAGGCAUCCGUGUCGACCAUUCCAAUCACAAUAUGAUUUGGUAAACCACCUUGAAAUAUAUUAGGUUGAUUUCCAGACAUAUUCCCCUGAGGUACGGAGACAACUUUGCAGUCGAUCCUGUUGAUUGGGUAUUUGGCAGUGAUUUGUUGAAGGGACUGGGAAUGAGCCAGUAUAAUACUAGGGGCUAUGUUAACUCGUCGUACACAAAACAAACAUUCCUCGAUGACUACUUUGAAAUUGAGACUUUCUGCGGAUACCAAACAAAACGUAUCUCUAGAUCUCACCAGUUUGAUCUUGAUUGGUACAGCACCAAGAAUAUAACGGUCUUGCGUGAAUAGAUCAGAAUGAAGUCUUCCUUCCAUGGCGACAGAUUUGCUUUCACGUGUGUAUGCAUGGCGUUGUUUUAAUCCUGUGUUGACGUGUGCAUCUUGUGCAAGAGGGUUUACUGCAUCCAUCUUUCCAGCUUUAUCUUUAUAGAACAGUGCUGAGGUCAAAUGUGAAUCUUUGGUGUCUUUACUAAAGUUCAGGAUUGUUUCGAUAUAUGCUCGGUAAGGGUAUGCUGUGCUUGAUGGGGUGACCAGUUUGUUGUUCAGAAAUACUUCAACUUGUGAGAAUAAUGCAUGCAUCCAAAGGUUUGAAGGUCCAACUUGAAUGUCUGCAUCCAUAUUUCCUCUGGUCGCAGUAGUGAUCUUUGCUUUAAUGUAUAAGUAACUGCUUGCUAAGUCUGUAUAAACUCCAGAAUUUGCAGCACAUAAAAAGUCUAUCGUAUCUGAAGAAGAUAUACUCGUAAUAGGAUCAACAUCUUCCCAAUAUCCUUUUUCCAUUACCACUCGAGUCGGUGGAAUAGAAAAUAAAUCGAGUUCAGAUUUUGAACACAUACAGGAGUCUUUAUGCAUUGUUUCAAGAGCCAUGCCACUUUGGACUAUAGUUAUCGAGAGAUGUUUUCUGCUUCUUGGUUGGACCGCGAAUGGGAGUUUUAGUUGGCGCUGCUCUUUUUAUACCCUUUUUGCGACCCUUUCCGGUCAUUACUUUCCUGGCAACAUUUUUUGCAACAUCAGAUGCUGCUUGUUUUCCUUGUGAUUUAAAAGCUUCUUUUACAUUUUUUCCUUGGAGUACAUCUUGAUCGACUUCUGUAGCUGCUUGCAAUGCUCUUUUGCCAACAACUUUAGCACCUUGUUUGAACAGAGGGAUAGCAUAUCUUGCAAGGCUCUUGAAAAUACUUCCGAUCUCAUAUCCUCUUUGCAUAUGUGCACCACGAAACCCAGUGAUAUUCCCAUCACGUUGCUGUCUCAAGAAAUGGUCUUUCAAUAGUUUAGCAUCCACAACUAGUCUUCCGCGCAUUUUUAGAUAAAGUACUGAGAUCUCUUCUGUCUAAAGUGAAGUGUUGCGAUUGACUUCCCGAACUCAAAUGAGACGUUUUCGUUUUGGUCAUUCUUUAUAUUCUCUUCAAUGGUCUCAAAAGAAUUUACUUUGACCAGUACGUAUUGCAAAUUACGAAAGCUGGCGUGAACGGUGUUUCCAUAGUCCCCUUCGAUAUUAACGAUUCGUAGUAAAGGUACUUUCACAUCGCCCACAAACUGUGCAUCAACGAUAUCAGUGGACAUACAUGGAGGAAAAUCCACCAUUGAUAUCUGCAGGAUAGGGACUCGAAGUUUUCUUUUCGAUAAGAGUGUCCUGGUCAAAUCCCAAGACGGUUGCUAAUUCUCCGGUAAACCACACAGUUGUGUUGUGUUUUACAUCAACCGAAACUUUGCGAGAACUACGAUUAUAACUAAACUUUACUUUCAUUUGUGUUUCUUUUGACAUGCCGGCAUUGAGUGCUUUUGUUAGUUGCUCAAUAGAAGAAUAUUGUGUUUCUUUAAGCACAACAGUUUGAUAAGGGUUACUGCCAAUUUUAUACAAAAACGUUUGUUGUACUCCACAUUUUAGCGUACUCCACGUUUUAGCGUGCUCCACGUUUUAGCGUGCUCCACGUAUGUGGGUAAUGCAGUUCCGUCAAUGUGACUUCCCAUUGCCCUGUCAAGACAAUGUGGUUUCGGCCAAUUUCACUCGAAAAUUUGCCACUGUUUUAUUUUGAAAAUAAGCCAGCCAUAGAACUAUUACUCAGUAACGUGAGAUAAAACUGUGUUGCCAUAUUGAAGACCAACACACAAAUGAAUACAAGUUAUGAGUUUCAAAUAUAUUUAUUUCAGAUCUUUUACACUCUCUGCUGGUACCCAAGAAUUCAACUUGUCAGGGUAACCCAACCAUUUUACAUAAUACUCUUUACGUUUAUUACACAUGUGUGAUCUUAUUACUUUUUCUACUCUAUAAUAGUCACUGUCUGAUUUGUUGACUUUCUGAAGUUCCUGCUCGUAAAAUGUUCCUUUCAGUUUCUCACCGUCAAAAUCUACAAUCUUGUAAACAGGUGGUCGCCGAGGUAUGUGUUUCGUUACCGUGAACACUUCAGUCCAAUUGGGCAAGUAUCCUUUCUUAAAUGUUUGCUUUGCUUUGCUAAUCCGCACUUGGUCGCCAAUGUUACACUUGAACUGCAUUGAUUUUUUCGACUCCUUCCCGUAGAGUGUUUGCCACACAAUAUUCUCGUUACUUUUAUUCACAUCUACCGGUCUCAUACCAAUACUACGAUGUCGAGAAUGAUUAUAAGAUUUGACCAGUUUCUGGAGAAUGUCCACGUACUUGAGCGUAUUGUUCGCUGUAAAGUAUUUCCACAUGUUCCCUUUAAGCGUACGAUUGAAUCUUUCUACGAUUGAUGCUUUCGUUUCAUUUUGCGUUGUAAAGAACCAAAUACCUUCUUCCUUUAACAAGGCUUGAAAUUUUCGGUUGGUAAACUCCGUACCUUUAUCCGAGUGAAACGUUUCGGGUUUGCGGUGCUUUUUAAGAAUUUUCUCGAACGCCCUGACCAGAUUUCCCCCCGUUUUUGCUUUGAUCGGUUCAACCCAUGCAUACUUGCUAAGUACAUCUAUCACGGUUAAAAUAUAUCUGUAGUUAUUAUUGUACUUUGCUAACGAGUCCAUAAUUACUAGAUCCGCCUCCCACUGUUCAUCGAUAGCUCCUACUAUAACACGGUUCCGCUUGAAACAAUAUCUUACAGGCUUAUGUAGGGUUUUGGUAUCUUGCGUUCUAAGCCAUGUUCGUAUGUUAUUCCGUGAUAUUUGAUGUUUGCCUUCGCUUUUUAAGGCACAAUAUAUAGAAUCGACUCCACCAAAGCUUGCGGGACUUUCCGGAUUGUAAUACAGCUCGGCUAGACAUUUCUCUGCCAUCAAUAUCUGAGUCAUGUAUUAUAAUUUUACCACCACAACAAGCAGAAAUGCAACAUACUUUUCGAAAAAUGUUUCGGAGGGAAAUCUCUGGAAGACGUUUACCACAACAAGGCAUCAUCCUUCCACCUCAAAGGCUUGAGCAAAAUGAGCAAGACUGUCGUUAUAGACUCACAUAUAUAGCAAUCAAAGUGAGAGAGUAGUUAUUAUGAAAAUUUUCCAUUUAUUGAAUCGUUUGUAUUUUGGAAUGUAUAUGUUUUGAAAUGCCUCAAUAGCUCUUCGUACAUUUCGACGAAUAUUAUCUUCACUGUAACAAUGUAAACUGAUGACAGCUAAAUAAGCAAAGAGUCGUCCAUACUACAGGAUUACAGUUACUCAUAUUUCUUAAGAAACUGCAUGCAUAAUAUGUAUUUAUUAAGCGAUCGAUAAUUAACUAAACUCAUUUGUUAGAGCAUUUACAGAUUUAAAGAAUAAGUAUUCUUCGUACGCAUCCUUAGUGUCAACUUUUCCACUAGUAAAUGUCUCUCCAGUUUCUGAUACUUUAUACUGAUAUUGUAGCAGAUUGGUAAACAGCACUCCCUAGUUCUGAAUAGAUGGCGACUCCUUUGUUGGUUUCCAUUCGAAGAAAUUACAGGCAUCGUUUUCUUUCGCACAGCAGUAAAAGAGACGAUUUUGAUUCGGACCGUCUUUCUUGACUUUGCGAAUUCGACACACGAAUCCAUGACUGCAUCUCGGAGAAGGAUUGUGAAAAAUAUCAUCCCAUUGCCAAAACGUGCAAGGGUUUUCUCGUUCAGCGCAGACGAAAAAUGGUCAACCAUAACUGAGCUUCAUCUUGUCUUUAACCAUACAUAUCUUGGCAUGUUUCUGAUGAGCAGGACAUAUUGGCUGAAGAUUACCACUUUUGCGAAACGAUUCUAUGGCCUUUGUCAUCAUGUAACUGUCUUCGUCUGGACAGCUAGGCUUCUGACCACAAAACCAAAAUGUUCCAUGUUGUGUUGUAGAAGAGGCUGUCGGUUUUUCAUGUGUAGGCACUCCAUUUCGUUUGAGAGACAGUGAUUAAAUGAACAGACGCGAUGCAUUGCCUAACGUUAAUGUAUAGAAAAAACUAAUUACCUAUUAUGCGAUAACAAAGAGUUUUGUUACGUAGAUGAAGCUUGCACAAACUUGCCCGCGUCGUCUCUCCAGUAUGACAAAUAAUUUAAAAUACAUUGAAGUUUUUGAUUUUCUUCCGUUAAAUGCUGUUCUCUCAAUGAUUUCAAUAACAUGGGGUCAUCCGUGCUUUCCAGCUGCUGUAAAUGUGUACGCAUGUUUUCGCGAUGGAUCAUCUUCAAUACUCUUGUUGCUUCAAUAAAUUCGCUCCAAAUGCAAUAUUUGCAUUUCACUUGCAUAACUGCGUCCGUUGUAUAGAACAACCAUCUUUCUUCGUCAUCCAUCAUAAGACAGUCAUGGUUUCUUUGACUAGGAUGACCGACUUCACAACCGUAGCAGUUGUCUUCGCAGAUAUUAUUAACUUCAUUCUGAAUUGCAUGGAUGUAAAUGGCUUCCAGUAAGUGAACAGAUGCUUUGCCUUCCAUGUUUAAAAGUAAAAUAAGACACAAGCUAACAACCGUUUCGCCAGAACCUGCUGUCUUAACGACUUUCGUUAUUGUCCUACCAUGUGCUUGAUGCAAAUUUCCACACAGUUGUCAUUUGUAGCGACGCUAACAUAGCUAUAGCAUAUGCGAUUACUUUUGUGAUAGAAAAAAAGCGAUUACUUUUGUGAUAGAAAUGCUGACCUCAGCUUAAUGACUUUCUUGCUCAGGCUCGCCUUGUAUAUCAUUAUGACAUCACAUGUGCGCACAGUCCUCCGACCGGCGACGGAUCGGGAUGACGUAGGCAUAAUUAAUGCUUUUUACAUAUGAAUAUAUAAUUAGGGAUGAAGGUCGUGAAGGAGUAAGACAUAAUGAAUACAUAAUGAGGUUACAAGCUCUGCAUACUAAUUACUUCCGUCGCCAGAGUGGGGGGUAUCACUACUUUUAUAUAUAUAUAAAAUGUUCUUGACACAAUUACAUAUAUCAAAAUAUUAUAGUCAUUUGUACUUUAUCUUUCUAAUAGACAUUGGCAAUCUCAUUCAACAAGCUUUAAACAGGGAUAAGGAAGAAAACCUCGGAAAAGCUCCAUGUGACCGAAUACCAGUGCAUCUUGAAAACCUGGUUAAAGCUAUUUGUAGUUGUGGUGUAUCAUUCUCUGUUUGGGAAAAACAGAAUGCAGAUGGUAAAGGAAGUGGUCUCCAUGACUUCACAAGUCUGAUGGGUCCAGCAAAGAAAAUAUUGCUAGAAAAACUACCAUCAAAGUUAGAUGAUAUACUUAUGAUACAAGUAAUACAAUAAUUAAGAUCUGGGAGGUAUAUACUAAGCCUUUUACUAUAUUACAAUAGAAUUAGAAUGUAAUCAUCAAAUAUUUUAUUACAUAUUUUAAACUGAGAACAGCCAUUCCAACUUAUACCUUCACAGGAUUUCAACCAUAUUUACAAAGAGUACAUACAGAAGCAAGGUCUAACAGAGGCAGACGUUGAUACCUAUUUUGCCAAGGUACACAAGAUCUAUUAUACCCUAAGGGAUAACACCAAGCUUUUAUUCUUCCUAACACAUGACAACUUUGUCUUCCCUGCAUAAAACGUUUUGUUGUGCCCUUGCAUCAUACUGUAAUGGAAUAUGCUAAAUUUCCAAUUUAAUUAAUGGACACAUACACUGACACAGUAUAUCUUUUUAAAGUUUAGGUUACAGCUUGGGUAAGCCUAUUUUUGUCACUUGGUGGUAUUUAUGAUGGCUAUGGCAAAGCAAAUAUUACUCCAUACAUUCAUGCUAUGGUGUACCAUGUCACAGAAUAAGGAGUAGAACCAGAAGGGACACUCUUUUGAUGUUAGGCGGUAGCGCCGACAUAGGCCUGCAUACACCCGUGAGAGAGCAGCGGCCAUGUUCUUAGGUAGUAUAGUGUGAGAAUUUUACUAUAAACAAUAUGGCGAAAACCGCACUAUGAUUAAUAAAACUGCUCCUUUUCGUCUGUUUUAUGAAUAUUCUGAAGAAAAGGUAAGCGACUUUUUAUUUGUCAAGUCUGGUAGCGUAAUUAUUUUUUUCUAGUACAAUUUAGUUGCGAAUUUUGCUCGGGAGUAUGAAGGCUCUCAUGACAGCUCAUAUAAAUGUUUUGGUUGACUCUCGCACGUUUAAAUAUUGUUUUAAUAAGGUGUCCAAAUUAUUCCCUGGACCGCUGGAUGGGUUAUUGAUGACCAUUGAUCAUUUUACUAUGUAUACGGUACACAAAGUAUUUUAUUUUAUGUCUAUUAUUUCAAAGAGGUACCUUGGCGAAAUUUUAAUCAUCGAUAUUUUUGUAAUUCAUACUCCAAUAUUAAAAUGGGAAAGCAAGCGUUUCAAAGGAACUACUCCAUGAAAUUGAUAAAGAAGAUAAAUAACUUCUUGAUAAGUCUAGCUAUUUAAAUGUGUUACUAUCGAGUAGUCACUAGUCAUGGGUACAUUCAUCAAAUUAAUUUUAAUAAUUUGUUUUAAACUCCAUGCAGGGAUGGUUGCAGAUGUUGAAAGGUCUUCAGCGUUUAAACAGUGACACCACAUAGAACUCAAUAUGGAGUCAAUACACCGAUUCAGCAAAAAAGCAACGCUGCAUGGAAACGAGGCUUAAUAGCCCUUGACGCUUGAGCAUAUCCAAGAUGGCGGAUGAACUAGCAGCCGCAGCUGGGGGAAAAAUUGCAGCGAAGAAGAAAAAAAUGGGACAUAAAUGUUGUGCAGCUGCCAAUUGUAAUUUUCGAAGUGACAAUCGUCCUGAUUUGUCUUUUCAUGAGUUUCCAAAGGAUGAUUACUUAAAAAAGAAGUGGGAAGUCAAAAUGCGAAGAGGAGACGCUACUUUCAAAAACAUUGCGAAUAAGUUUUGUUGUUCUGCGCAUUUUUUGCCAUCGGAUUUCAAACAGAGUUUAACGGGGCAUAGGCGAGAUUUAAAGAGAGGAGCAAUCCCUUCAGUGUUUAAAUGGACACCAGUAACUAGUGACCCCAGAGGAGAACGUUUAAAAUUGCGAAACGAAAUGAUUGCCAAAUCUAAAUCUGAACAACAAACCGAGCAUGGACCUGACGAGCAGCAACUUGCAGGUUCAUCAAUAUCAUCUUAUUCAUCUGGCAGAAAUAUGGUUGUUUUUGGCCCUCGAACACUCGAAGAAUUUAUCAAUGAAAAGAAAGAAGAAGCAGAGCAGCUGAAAGCAGAACUUACUAGAGCCAAGGAGAAAGAAUAUAUUUUUACGUUUGGUCUGGAAAGAUUCUCAGGUAGUAAUGAGGACAUAAACUUUUACACAGGAUUUCCUGACUAUCAAACGCUGAUAGAAUUCUGGAAAUACAUAGAACCUAAUAGUUCUAGAUUAACAUACUACAGUUAUCUUAAGAAUUCCACUGAUAUUAAUUUUAACAAUGCAUUUCCAUACCUUAAUUUAACUGAAAAAAAGUUUCCUGGUAGUAGUGUAGGUGCCCAACGCAGUCUUCAGCCUAUAGAUGAGUUUUGGCUUUUCCUAACUCGACUCAGAGUGGGUCUGUUAGAGCGUGACUUGGCUUUCAGGUUUAAUAUCUCUGUGCCAACAGUAUCAGACAUAAUUAUAACUUGGAGUAACUACAUGUAUAUAAUGCUUGGGAGCUUGCCAGUAUGGACUUCAAGCGAAGUAAUUAAGUUACACCUACCUGAAGCCUUUAGAGGGCGAUUUGAAAAUGUAAGGUGCAUCAUAGACUGCACAGAGGUUAAGUGUGAAAAACCCCAAGAUCUUCAGAAGCAAAGUGAAUUUUAUUCUGAGUACAAAGCACACAAUACUUAUAAGGGAUUGGUAGGCAUAUCUCCUAAUGUUUGGGUUACAUUUGUAAGCAACCUGUAUGGAGGUAGCAUAUCUGACAGAGAAAUUGUGGAGAAAAGUCACUUUAUUGAUCUGUUAGAACACCCUGAUGUAAUUAUGGCAGAUCGUGGCUUUGAGGAUAUUUUAGCAACCAAGCAAGUGAGACUGUUCAUCCCACCAAAGAGGCAGUCCAAAAUGGAUCAGUUUUCAAAAGAGGAUUGCUUUGAGACAAUGAGAAUUGCUAAUGUUAGAAUACACAUAGAGCGUGCAAUUAGGCGGGUAAAGGGAUGGCACAUUUUUGACCAAGUACUACCUUUAAGCAUGAAUGGUGUAGUUAACCAGAUUUGGACUGUAUGUUGUCUGCUAGUAAACUGGCAAAAACCUGCCCUUACAUGCUAAAUUAAACAUGAACCAAAUUCAAAUUCAUCUUAUUAAUUAUUGAACAAAGCUAUUAAAUUGUUACAUUUAUUGUUAUGUUAAUAAUAUUAUGUUAUGUUAAUUAAUUAAUAAUACAGUAUAUAUACAACAAUGUUAAUCUACUGUACUUACUGUAAUUAAACAAUGUAACCUUGAACGCAACACUUGUUUCGUUUUAUUGAGAAGAAUCAUAUCGGUCAAGCCCAUCCCUCAGUCUAGGAUAGGCCAAUUCUGGCAAAAUGUAUGAAUCAUAGAAUAAUUCAAGAUUAGCAAACUUUUCAAUCCACCAUUUUGGAUCAUAUGGAACCCCUUUGCAAUAAAGUUCUCCAUUACUUGCUCUGACCACAAAAUCACACCAUGUUCUGUUUACAACAUAUAACUGCUGUUGCAUUUGGUAAUAAUACAUAUGCCUCUUAUUAACCAUCCCAUCUUUUUUGCAUAUUGAUUUUCUCACUAAAGCUAAUGAUAAAUCUUCACUGUCUUUAACAAUGAUAUUCUUCACCUCUAUUAUUCCCAGGGGAUUCUCAACACUGGGAUCAGUAACAAGACCAUCAGGAGAAGCACCUAUAAACCCAUGAUGUUUUGAUACAAAAAAACCACAAUCUUCAACUUUAAGGUCACAGUGACCUUCUUGUUGCAUUUUUUUUACAUAAUCAGUAACUGCUAGUUUUUCCUUUUUAAUUCCAUCCCUCGUAGCAUUUGUUUGGACACUAGGGUUGUAGUUUAAAACCUCUUUUACAAUUUUGGAAGGUGAAGUGCUAGACUUAUGUGGACAAGCCACCCUGUGGCAUUUUGAAGCUGUAACUCGGCCAAAUCUGUAGGCAAACCACUUCGGAUUAUCAGAUUGCCCCCGGGUCUCUUUUUCUAUUUUUUUUAUUUCAUUUUCUGACACAAAAAGUUUACACUUAAUUUUCUUACACCGUUCACUUAUUUCAUCAAGGCUAAGUGGUUGUUGCUUUGGUGGAGAUAUUAUAUGAUAUUUUCCCUGUGAAAUUUCCUGAGUAUUUUUUGCAGUAUCAAAACUCUUACUUGUAUCAUGUGUUUUAGAGAAUGUGUUGGAAGACACAUUUGAGUUCAUUAAAGUUUUAGGAUGCAGUACAGAUGUGCUUUUUCCUUGGGCAGACUGUUUACUCUCAUUGGUCUUGUUACUGAAAUCCUUAAGUUGUAAGUCAAGUACAGAACCUUUUGCAAUUAACUCAUUCUCAUCCGGUCGAAAAGUAGCAAUUUCGAGUGGUGUUGUUUCAAACGCUUAUAUCUCGCAAACUAUACAUCGCACGGAAACAGAAAUUGCAUCGUUCGAAAGAGGAGAACUUCUGCUUUCCAACGAUACCAAUUUCAAUUUCAUCCGGAGCUUGGUUAACGAUUUACUCGCAUAAAUUUGCAUACAUUAUGAUAUAAAAAAAUGUUGCAAUUAUGCAUAAAUGUAUUUAGCGGUUCAAAUUUCAAAUAUGUCAAAAAAAUUUAUGAAUACGACUGAAAGACACGGUUAUGAUCUACAAGUACCCAAAGUUUCAUGCAUGUAGCAUAAAUAGAAAUAUUUUUAUUGAAUUUUUAUAUAAACUAGGUAGUGGAGUAAAAUUUACAUUUUGUGCUCACAUGAAACAAAUACCUUUAUCAAAGGUCCUUUUUUAUUGCUGCAACAUGUUAUCAAUAGAUCGGAAGAGCACACGUCUGUCUUACUCUCCAAAGAUAGUAUGGCACCAAAAUAAGUCUGUGAUACCCACAAAAGAACACUCAAAUCAUGAUUAGCAAAAUAUCUUUAUUUCUACAAUUACUACAUACAUUCUUAGAUAAUCAUUACACCAUUGACUUUAGUUAUUAGUGGCAUAACCAGCCUCAAAAUUUGGUCAUGCUAUUCAAAUUUGAAAUAAUCACUACUCAUUUGUUUAGAAAUUGAUUGUUUUCACAAUCUAGAACAUGAAAAUAUUUGCAAAUAGCAUGACCAAGUGUUGUUGGGCUGGCAUCAUCAUAAUUAGUAGUUAUAAAAAAGUAAUGUUUUCCAAGGCAGUAAUGUUUGCUAAAGCAGUAAUGUUUGCCAAAGCACAUAAUUGGAUUAUGUGGUGAAAAUAUUUCCUUUAUAUUGUACUACAAAAGACCUAAGACUGUAACCAAACUGAUAUCAGAUCACCACGUCAUACCCAAAUCUGUUGCGAUGAAUAUCUGGACUUCUUCCUGUAUAAAUUUCAAAGUCGCAAUAUAACCCUUAGGAUUGUCUGCAGCAACCCACAGAUUUAUUCCCCACAUAGUAGGUCAUCUAGCUUUGAUGAACUGCCUAACCCCCAACCUAUUUCUUGAUUUGACAGUGUGUUUGUCUGCAACAACAAUAUUCUGUGACGGAUGGUACAGUUGUUGAUGCAGUUUAUUGCUGUAGUCUUUAGUACUGGAUCUACCAUAUUCACCAUGAUAUAAGGUUUUUACACUCCAAUAAUUUUCAAUCUCACUGUCGACCUUUAGCAAACCUGCAUGUUAUACUAAAAGGCAAUCAACCUCUCAAGGUUGGUGGACUGCAAGACCCUUUUUUAUUAGUAUAUGGGGAUAACUUUUUCAAGAGUUAUUUGUAUGUGGGCAUAUGUAUUGGUAUGGCCAGGAAACUACCUCCUGAAGCAUUCCCUUAGUAAAAAAGAGUCGAAUGAACUCAAGCUCACAGUUCAUUGAGCCAAAUGAACUCAAGCUCACAGUUGAUCGAAAUGGAUCCCGGACAUGUCAGUGAGGAGCAAAAUCUGGGAGAACAUUCCUGGCGUCAGGAUCAUCAUAUCCGUCAUGUACUAUGGGGCCUAGUGGGGAUGCUAGACAGGUAGCUUUCGAAACCUUAGGUCCUAAUGGCUGGGCUUCCCUCUACCUCUACUCAUCCCCCUACCUUCCCUCUGGGUUGGUGAGUGGGGUUCUCAUGACUCAUCAGAACUCUACUUCCCUGAGGCUAUGAAACAGGAACAGCAGAUAGGAACAGGAUCAAUAUAUUCAUCAGUGCGAAUAAAAACUUUUAUAGACAUGGUGCCACUUAAAAUUAUAAUAAGAGCCAACUAGUAAGAUAUAAGUAUGAAUACUUGGCUAUUAUGUAUGUAACAAACAACCAAACAUGUGCUCAAGGCUCAUUUUACUUCGCCUAGGAAUCAGAGAUUUUUAUGCCUAAAACACCAUAAAUUUUCGUCAACAAUAUAAAUAAAUACCAUUUAUAUUUGUCAAUUUCAGUAUGGAACGAUUAUUUCAACACAAAAAAGCGAUAUGAGGACAUACUUGGUCGUACUAGUGAAGCUAUACUAAAUACAAAUAAAUUUACAACGCCAUGGCAACGGCAAAACAUUGAAAUUGUCUAGAAAUGAUACAAAUACUUGCCUUGAAACUCCAGACACGACUCCCAAUGCCAGGUUGAGGAUACUUGUCUUCAUACGAAGAUAUUCCAUCAUUACUAGCACUAUCAGUUUGCAAAAUAAAGCCAAAAACGUCUUCAGAAUGCGAUUCAAAGAAAACUACAACACAAUACAUUUCAACGCUCGUGCGUUCCCGUGCGCGAUAAUCAGGAAAAUUGCUCUAAAAGAUUUGUUUUUCUGCCUAAGCCAAUCAAAAUCCGUAUCUAGGGUAAACAAACCCUCCGGAAGUGAUUCCUGCAGUCUUUUACCAGGAAACUGUAAUGCUUUACCAAGAAUUUGGCGUCCGAAGUUGGCCGAACACUUUCCGAUCACGAGAAUUGCCAUAAUAGGCUUAUAUUAUUUCGCAAUUUCCCGAGACUGCUCCGAGCUAUAGAAUGGAAGAUGGCGAUUCUUUUGGUAUAUUUGUUAUUAUUAUACGUGGAAAAGAAGCAAAAAGACGAGCAUUUGAAUCAGGCGGAACAUUCAAAAUGCAACUGCAAAAUUGAUAAUGUGUCAUUUGCAUAAAUUUCACCGCAUUGAUCAUUUCAAGGUAAGAAAUUCGCUUGAAAUUGAGCGAGAAACAAUAAAAUUAUAUGAAUAUUUCUGAAUAAAUAGUAUCGAUCAAGCGGAAUUUUUUGGUGGUAUUUUCGUAUGUCUACUGCAAAUACUCGCGAAGUUCUUUAAUAUUUAAUCUUCCCGUCAUAUACGUCGGAAAUUAAUAUUGGCGGAUCGAAUUGAGUACACGAAACAUAAUACAGCAUGGGCAGUUCGUGUGUGGAAAGAGUGGGCGGACGAAAGGAAUAGUAAAGCACCGGCCAACGAGAAAGUCGAGCCGAAUAUUUGUAAAGUCAGUGAUGUAGAACUUCGGCAUUGGUUAGCGAAAUUUGUUGUCGAAGUUCGGAAUAAAGCAACCAAAGGGGAAUGCUAUCCGCCUAAUACGCUGUAUCAGUUGUGUUGUGCUUUGCUGCGAUAUCUAAGAAAUAAUGGUCGUCCAACUUUAAAUUUCUUCGAAGUUCCUAAUUUUAAACAUUUUCAGGACUCGAUUGAUGCAGAAAUGAAGCGCCUAACAGGGCAGGGUGUUGGUGCAAACGUUAAAUAUGCUCAAGCCUUUUCUGAAGCUGAUGAGGAUAAACUCUGAACUUCUAAGCUCCUAGGGGAUCAUACAGCAAGUGUUUUAUUAAACACAAUGGUGUUUCUAAUAGGAAAAAACUUUGCACUUCGAAGUGGUAGAGAGCACCGUCAUCUAAAAUUCAGUCAGUUGACACUGGAGCCGGCAUGUGGCACGGAACCUGAGAAAUUGGUGUACGUUUCUUUCGGGGAGAAAAACAAUUUAGGAGGAUUAAAGCAUCGCAAUAUGAAGCGAAAGCGCGUGGAACAUUGUAUAAAUGAAGAGUGUCCCAGUCAAUGUUUGGUUCGAUUGUACAAGAAAUAUGUGGGGAAAUGCAGCUCAGAAGCCAUAGCGAAAGACAUAUUUUCUUUGAGUCCUCGCCGAAAGUAUUCUGAUUCAGAAAAAGGUACAAACAAGUUAUUUAGUUAGUUUUAUCGUUUAUUGUAGUUAAUUUCCAUUUUUAGCUUCAGCUGAAUUUUCUGUGUUUUAGUUUGGUUCACUUCAAAUCCAGUGGGCUACAACACACUUGGAGGGGUAGUUAAGAAGCUUUGCCGGGAUGCUGGAAUAGAAGGCAAAUUUACAAAUCACAAUCUUAGAGCAACAAUGCCAACUCGUGGUCCCUUAAAGGGAAUUCCAGAUAAGUUAAUUAUGGAAAAAAACAGAUCAUAGAGACGUAAGGUCAUUACAGCAGUAUCAGAGACCUAGCAUAGAGUACAAAGUAGAAAUGUCAAAAGCGUUUGAUCAAGUUGAUAUGAUGCCCACGUCUUCGGCGACAACCAGUAUACAACUAAUAGCGAGUGUCGGGAAGUCCGUGAAAAAGCUGAGGAGGAAUUAGGAAGCGAAGUUAACAAGAACAAAGGUGAUAGCGCAGUAAAGUGUGAGAAUGUUGAAAAGUGUGUGAAUUUCAAUAAUUGCACGUUUUUUAUUAACAAGGAAUUUAAAAUGUAGACAGAAGAAGUAAAUGGAUAUAUUGUAGUGGAAAUGAGUGUUGUAUUUAACAACUUGAAGUUUGAAAUAUAUUUUCAAUACGUUUGUGUGAAAAAUAUUAGAUAUGUAAAUCGAAGUGGUUGUAGUGUAAUUAAAGUUCAAUGGAUUAUCAAUUCAUGGCCUGUAUCCAGGUACAAUACUAGAACAGCGGGCUGUAUUCAGAUACAGCCCAACAUUUCCGGGCUGUAUCUGAAUACAGUCCACUUGUUCAUAAUUAUCUAUUCAAUUCAAUUCAUCAGCCCCGCUCUUCCCUGCAGAAUAUCAAAACCCUCCCCGUGCUUUUAGAUGGUUAGCCCAAUGACCGAUAUUUAAGUGAAAUACAGCCCGGGAUCUUCAAAGAAAACCGACUCAAUUAUGAAGUCUAUGAAAUAAGAGUAAAUACAUACUGAUCUACUGCACUGCGCAGAUAAUACCUACAUGCAUUACCAUCAUGAUCAUUGUUCUUCAAAGUGCCAUCGAAUCCAGUGUCAUCGCCAUCAAGUUCGAAUAAUAGGCCACCAUCAUUGUCAUCACCUGACAAAUUGUUCUCGUCUGUAUUCUGGUCGGGAAAAUUUGUACACUCACAACAGGAACAAAGACCACUACACUUCAAAUCUGCUCUUUGACAGACACGAAUUCUUCUUGGACAUUCAACCUUCGUUCGAGGUUUUCCAGUUUGAGUUAAUUUAAAAUUUUUCAUCAGUUCAUUGAAAUUAUAUUUACAAAAAUAUUUAUAAUCUUUGUGGAGGAAGGUAUUUUGUCUCUUGAGAAAACACCAUUUUUGACGAAACACCAAUACCACCAAAAAUACUCAGGACGAGCGCGGUUUAACAGACUGAUGCCUAAUUUUCUUACAACGCGCGCAAAGCUUUCUGGGAUAGCGUCACAAUUCACAAUCACACCGCCAUAUUUUAAAAUAUUUUAAUGGCUUUAAUGAUUCAAUAUUAGGAUUCAAACUCAUGAUUUGAAAAAAAUUGAGAGGAAAUUGCAUAAGAUAAAGAGUAAAGGCCUUUUAAAUUAACUCUCAAACGCCCAAUAAAGAAAAUAGCAGGAAAUGGUUUCGAUCCAUUGACCUAUGGGUUAUGGGCCAGCACGCUUCCACUGCGCCACCCUGCUUCCUGGGAGUAACAAACCACUUGUAUAUAUUAUAUCUCUCGUUUCCAGUCGCCUCUGCUGGAACUGCGGCACAUCAAAUUACUGAAGAUCUAUGGAAUGUUGCUGCUUGGUGCUGUCAUAAUAGUCUUCUAAUCAUUACCGAUACGACCAAGUUACUGCUUUUUGGAACACAUCAAAUGAAUGAUACAAGCGUGCUUCGCCAAUAACCCAGAGGUCAUUGGAUCGAAAUCAUUACCUGGUAUCAUCUUUAUUAUUGCUUUGCAAUUUACAUUCUAGUUUUCCGUCUCUAUUUCUUCCGAAAAAACAAGUGUCGAAAAUUAUUAGCGCGGUUUGUGUCACGACCUGCUCUCGCGGCCCAGUUGGUUAGUGCGUCGUACUUAUAAGCAGUGCAGGAGUAUAUGCGAAGGUCGAGAGUUCGAUCCCUUCCGGAGCAAGUUUUUAGCAGUCUUCUCUAACGGUGGUAUAGCGUAUAAGUUUUGGCGUGUGAAUAUUAUUGCAUUGGGUUGUUAAACUUCCCACGAAAGGGAUUCGGGUCCUUCACUACACAAACAUUUUUCAAUAAUAUUAGUCGAGUUAUCAACAUAUAUCAGGAAUAAAAGUAUGAGAUCGGAAGAGCGUCUCGAAGAUUAGCCAAAAAUGUGAAAAACAUUGAAUCCUAAAACUGAAUCAUUGAUUGAAUCACUGAAUCCUAGAUAGAAUCAUUGAAUGGCAGAUUAUAUUAUUGAAUGCAAUGGACCCUAGGAAUCAAUAAUCAUGGCUUUAAUAUUCAAUAUUAGGAUUCAAACUCAUGAUUUGAAAAGAAAUUGAGAGGAAAAUGCAUAAGUUAAAAGCGUAAAUGCCUUUUAAAUUAACGUUCAUACGCCCCAUAACGAAAAUAGCAGGAAAAGUUUUCGAUCCAUUGACCUCUGGGUUAUGAGCCCAGCACGCUUCCACUGCGCCACCCUGUUUCUUGGGAGUAAUAGAGCAUUUGUAUAUAUUAUAUCUCUCGUUUCCAGUCGCCUCCGAUGGUACUGCGGCACCUCAAAUUACUGAAGAUCUAUGGAAUGUUGCUGCUUGGUGCUGUCAUAAUAUUCUUCUAAUCAAUACCGAUACGACCAAGUUACUGCUUUUUGGAACACAUCAAAUGACACAGGCGUGCUUCGCCCAUAACCCAGAGGUAAUUGGAUCGAAAUCAUUUCCUGCCAUCAUCUUUAUUAAUUUAUUGCUUUGCACUUUACAUUCUAGUUUUCUGUCUCCAUUUCUUCCGAAAAAACAAGUUUCGAAAAUUAUUAGCGCGUUCUGUGCCACGACCAGCACUCGUGGCCCAGUUAGUUAGUGCGUCGUACUAAUAAGCAGUGCAGGAGUAUAUGCGAAGGUCGAGGGUUCGAUCGAUCCCCUCCGGGAGCAAGUUUUUAGCAGUCUUCUCUAACGGUGGUAUAGCGUAUAGGCUUUGGUGUCAGAAUAUUAUGGCAUUCGGUUGUAAAAGUUCCCACGAAAGGGAUUCGGAUCCUUCACUACUUAAACGUUUUUCAAUAAUAUUAGUCGAGUUUACCAAAAUAUAUCCGGAAUAAAAGUACGUUUCCCAUGUUGUCUCGAAGAUUAGCCGAAAAUGUGAAAAACCUUGAAUCCUAAAACUGAAUCAUUGAUUGAAUCAAUGAAUCCUAGAUAGAAUAAUUGAAUGGUAGAUUAAAUUAUUGAAUGCAAUGGACUCAAUAAUCAUGGUUUUAAUGAUUCAAUAUUAGGAUUCAAACUCCUGAUUUGAAAAAAAUUGGGAGGAAAAUGCAUAAGUUAAAAGUGUAAAGGCCUCUUAAAUUAACGUUCAUACGCUCCAUAACGAAAAUAGCAGGAAAUUGUUUCGAUGCAUUGACCUCUGGGUUAUGGGCCCAGCACGCUUCCACUACGCCACCCUGUUUCUUGUGAGUAAUAGUCCACUUGUAUAUAUUAUAUCUCUCGUUUCCAGUCGCCUCUGCUGGUACUGCGGCACAUCAAUUUACUUAAGAUCUAUGGAAUGUUGCUGGUUGGUGCUGUCAUAAUUAAUAGUCUUCUAAUCUUUACCGAUACGACCAAGUUACUGUUUUUGGAACAUAUCAAAAGAUACAAGCGUGCUUGCCCAUAACUCGGAGGUCAUUGGAUCGAAAUCAUUUCCUGCUAUCAUAUUUAUUAUUGCUUUGCACUUUACAUUCUAAUUUUCUGUCUCUAUUUCUUCCCAAAAAACAAGUUUCAAAAAUUAUUAGCGCGUUCUGCGUCACGACCAGCACUCGUGGCCCAGUUGAUUAGUGCGUCGUACUUAUAAGCAGUGCAGGAGUAUAUGCGAAGGUCGAGAAUUCGAUCGAUCCCCUCCGGGAGCAAGUUUUUAGCAGUCUUCUCUGACGGUGGUAUAUCGUAUAGGCUUUGAUGUCUGAAUAUUAUGGCAUUCGGUGGUUAAAGUUCCCACGAAAGGGAUUCGGGUCCUUCACAACUCAAAUAUUUUUCAAUAAUAUUAGUCGAGUUAUCAACAUAUAUUAGGAAUAAAAGUACGUUUUCCAUGUUGUCUCGAAGAUUAGCCGAAAAUGUGAAAAACGUGGAAUCCUAAAACUGAAUCAUUGAUUGAGUCACUGAAUUCUAGUGUGAAUCAUUGAAUGGUAGAUUAAAUUAUUGAAUGCAAUGGACCCUAGGAAUCAAUAAUCAUGACUUUAAUGAUUCAAUAUUAGCAUUCACAAACCUGAUUUGAAAAAAAAUUGGGAGGAAAAUGCAUAAGUUAAAAGUGUAAAGGCCUUUUAAAUUAACAUUCAUACGCUGCAUAACGAAAAUAGCAGGAAAUGGUUUCGAUCCAUUCACCUCUGGGUUAUGGCCCAGCACGCUUCCACUGCGCUACUCUGUCUCUUGUGAGUAAUAUACCACUUGUAUAUAUUAUAUCUCUCGUUUCCUGUCACCUCUGCUGGUACUGCGGCACAUCAAUUUACUUAAGAUCUAUGAAAUUUUGCUGCUUGGUGCUGUCAUAAUUAAUAGUCUUCUAAUCUUUACCGAUACGACCAAAGUUAUUGUUAUUGGAACACAUCAAAUGAUAGAAGCGUGCUUCGCCCAUAACUCAGAGGUCAUUGGAUCGAAAUAAUUUCCUGCUAUGAUAUUUAUUAUUGCUUUGCACUUUACAUUCUAGUUUUCUGUCUCUAUUUCUUCCGAAAAAACAAGUGUCGAAAAUUAUUAGCUCGUUCUCUGCCACGACCUGCUCUCGUGGCCCAGUUGGUUUGUGCGUCGUACUUAUAAGCAGUGCAGGAGUAUAUGCGAAGGUCGAGGGUUCGCUCCGCAUGGGAGCCAGUUUUUUGCAGUCUUCCCUAACGGUGGUAUAGCGUACAACUUUUGGUGUCUGAAUAUUGUUGCAUUGGGUUGUCAAGGUCCCGCGAAAGGGAUUCGGGUCCUUCAAUACUCAAAUAUUUCUCAAUAAUAUUAGUCGAGUUAUCUACAUAUAUCAGGAAUAAAAGAAAGUUUCGCAUGUUGUAUCGAAGAUUAGCCGAAAAUGUGAAAAACGUGGAAUCCUAAUACUGAAUCAAUGAUUGAAUCAAUGAAUCCUAGAUAGAAUCAUUUCAUGGUUGAUUAAAUUAUUGAAAGCAAUGGACCCUUGGAAUCAAUAAUCAUGGCUUUAAUGAUUCAAUAUUAGGAUUCAAACUCAUGAUUUAAAAAAAUUGAGAGGAAAAUGCAUAAGAUAAAGUGUAAAGGCCUUUUAAAUUAAAUCUCAAACGCCCCAUAACGAAAAUAGCAGGAAAUGGUUUCGAUCCAUUGACCUCUGGGUUACGGGCCCCGCACGCUUCCACUGCGCCACCCUGCUUCUUGGGAGUGAUUGACCACUUGUAUAUAUUAUAUCUCUCGUUUCCGGUCGCCUCUGGUGUUACAGCGGCAUAUCAAUUUACUUAAGAUCAAUGGAAUGUUGCUGCUUGGUGCUGUCAGAAUAGUCUUCUAAUCACUACCGAUACGACAAAGUUAUUGAUUUUUGGACACAAAAACGAUACAAGCCUGCUUCGGCCAUAUCCCAGAGGCCAUUGGAUCGAAAUAAUUUCCUGCUAUCAUCUUUAUUAUUGCUUUGCACUUUACAUUCUAGUUUUCUGUCUAAAUUUCUUCCGCAAAACAAGUUUCGAUAAUUAUUAGAGCGUUCCGUUUCACGACCUGCUCUCGUGGCCCUGUUGGUUAGUGCGUCGUACUUAUAAGCAGUGCAGGGGUAUAUGCGCAGGUCGAGGGUUCGAUCCCCUCCGGAAGCAAGUUUUUAGUAGUCUUCCCUAACGGUGGUUUAGCGUAUAAGUUUUGGUGUCUGAAUAUUGUUGCAUUGGGUUGUUAGGUUCCCACGAAAGGGAUUCGGGUCCUUCACAACUCAAAUAUUUUUGAAUAAUAUUAGUCGACUUAUCAACAUACAUCAGGAAUAAAAGUACGUUUUCCAUGUUGUCUCGAAGAUUAGCCGAAAAUGUGAAAAACGUGGAAUCCUAAAACUGAAUCAUUGAUUGAAUCACUGAAUUCUAGUGUGAAUCAUUUAAUGCUAGAUUAAAUUAUUGAAUGCAAUGGACCCUAGAUAUCAAUAAUCAUGGCUUUAAUGAUUCAAUAUUAUGAUUCAAACUCCUGAUUUGAAAAAAAAAUUGGGAGGAAAAUGCAUAAGUUAGAAGUGUAAAGGCCUUUUAAAUUAACGUUCAUACGCUGCAUAACGAAAAUAGCAGGAAAUGGUUUGGAUCCAUUGACCUCUGGGUUAUGGGCCCAGCACGCUUCCACUGCGCCAACCGGCUUCUUGGGAAUAAUAGACCACUUGUAUAUAUUAUAUCUCUCGUUUCCGGUCGCCACUGCUGGUACUGCGGCAUAUCAAUUUACCUAAGAUCUAUGGAAUGUUGCUGCUUGGUGCUGUCAGAAUAGUCUUCUAAUCAGUUCUUUGUAUGUUUGCAUGGUGAUAAAAUAUAAUAGAUUUUGUUUGUGGAAACACCACGUAAAUUUAUUACUGCAGUAAUAAAUUUACGUGGUGUUUCCACAAACAAAACCUAUUAGUCUUCUAAUCAUUACCGAUACGACCAAGUUAUUGCUUUUUGAAACACAACAAACGAUACAAGCCUACUUCGCCCAUAACCCAGAGGUCAUUGGAUCGAAAUAAUUUCCUGCUAUCAUCUUUAUUAUUGCUUUGCACUUUACAUUCUAGUUUUCUGUCUCUAUUUCUUCCGCAAAAACAAGUUUCGAUAAUUAUUAGAGCGUUCUGUGUCACGACCUGCUCUCGUGGCCGAGUUGGUUAGUUCGUCGUACUUAUAAGCAGUGCAGGAGUAUAUGCGAAGGUCGAGUGUUCGAUCCCCUCCGGGAGCAAGUUUUUAGUAGUCUUCCCUAACGGUGGUUUAGCGUAUAAGUUUAGGUGUCUGAAUAUUGUUGCAUUGGGUUGUUAAGUUCCCACGAAAAGGAUUCGGGUCCUUCACAACUCAAAUAUUUUUCAAUAAUAUUAGUCGAGUUAUCAACAUAUAUUAGGAAUAAAAGUGCGUUUUCCAUGUUGUCUCGACGAUUAGCCGAAAAUGUGAAAAACGUGGAAUCCUAAAACUGAAUCAUUAAUUGAGUCACUGAAUUCUAGUGUGAAUCAUUGAAUGGUAGAUUAAAUUAUUGAAUGCAAUGGACCCUAGGAAUCAAUAAUCAUGGCUUUAAUGAUUCAAUAUUAGCAUUCACAAUCCUGAUUUGAAAAAAAAUUGAGAGGAAAAUGCAUAAGUUAAAAGUGUAAAGGCCUUUUAAAUUAAGGUUCAUAGGCUCCAUAACGAAAUUAGCAGGAAAUGGUUUCGAUCCAUUCACCUCUGGGUUAUGGCCCAGCACGCUUCCACUGCGCUACUCUGUCUCUUGUGAGCAAUAUACCACUUGUAUAUAUUAUAUCUCUCGUUUCCUGUCACCUCUGCUGGUACUGCGGCACAUCAAUUUACUUAAGAUCUAUGGAAUGUUGCUGCUUGGUGCUGUCAUAAUUAAUAGUCUUCUAAUCUUUACCGAUACGACCAAGUUACUGUUUUUGGAACACAUCAAAUGAUAGAAGCGUGCUUCGCCCAUAACCCAGAGGUCAUUGGAUCGAAAUAAUUUCCUGCUAUCAUAUUUAUUAUUGCUUUGCACUUUACAUUCUAGUUUUCUGUCUCUAUUUCUUCCGAAAAAACAAGUGUCGAAAAUUAUUAGCUCGUUCUCUGCCACGACCUGCUCUUGUGGCCCAGUUGGUUCGUGCGUCGUACUUAUAUAAGCAGUGCAGGAGUAUAUGCGAAGGUCGAGGGUUCGGUCCGCUCGGGGAGCAAGUUUUUUGCAGUCUUCCCUAACGGUGGUAUAGCGUACAACUUUUGGUGUCUGAAUAUUGUUGCAUUGGGUUGUCAAGGUCCCGCGAAAGGGAUUCGAGUCCUUCAAUACUCAAAUAUUUUUCAAUAAUAUUAGUCGAGUUAUCUACAUAUAUCAGGAAUAAAAGAACGUUUCGCAUGUUGUAUCGAAGAUUAGCCGAAAAUGUGAAAAACGUGGAAUCCUAAAACUGAAUCAAUGAAUCCUAGAUCGAAUCAUUUAAUGGUUGAUUAAAUUAUUGAAAGCAAUGGAGGCUUGGAAUCAAUAAUCAUGGCUUUAAUGAUUCAAUAUUAGGAUACAAACUCAUGAUUUAAAAAAAUUGGGAGGAAAAUGCAUAAGAUAAAGUGUAAAGGCCUUUUAAAUUAAAUCUUAAACGCCCCAUAACGAAAAUAGCAGGAAAUGGUUUGGAUCCAUUGACCUCUGGGUUAUGGGCCCAGCACGCUUCCACUGCGCCACCCUGCUUCUUGGGAGUAAUAGACCACUUGUAUAUAUUAUAUCUCUCGUUUCCAGUCGCCUCUGGUGGUAGUGAGGCAUAUCAAAUUAUUGAAGAUCUAUGCAAUGUUGCUCCUUGGUGCUGUCAGAAUAGUCUUCGAAUCAUUACCGAUACGACCAAGUUAUUGCUUUUUGGAACACAUCAAAUGAUACAAGCCUGCUUCGCCCAUAACCCAGAGGUCGAUCAUUGGAUCGAAAUAAUUUCCUGCUAUCAUCUUUAUUAUUGCUUUGCACUUUACAUUCUAGUUUUCUGCCUCUAUUUCUUCCGAAAAAAAACAAGUGUCUAAAAUGAUUAGCUCGUUCUUUGCCACGACCUGCUCUCGUGGCCCAGUUGGUUAGUGCGUCGUACUUAUAAGCACUGCAGGAGUAUAUGCGAAGGUCGAAGGUUCGAUCCCCUCCAGGUGCAAGUUUUUAGCAGUCUUCCCUAACGGUGGUAUAGCGCACAAGUUUUGGUGUCUGAAUAUUGUUACAUUCGUUUGUCAAGGUCCCGCGAAAGGGAUUCGGGUCCUUCAAAACUCAAACAUAUUCCAAUAAUAUUAGUCGAGUUAUCAACAUAUAUCAGGAAUAUAAGAACGUUUCGCAUGUUGUAUCGAAGAUUAGCCGAAAAUGUGAAAAACGUGGAAUCCUAAAACUGAAUCAAUGGUUGAAUCAAUGAAUCCUAGAUAGAAUCAUUUAAUGGUUGAUUAAAUUAUUGAAAGCAAUGGACGCUUGGAAUCAAUAAUCAUGGCUUUAAUGAUUCAAUAUUAGGAUUCAAACUCAUGAUUUAAAAAAAUUGAGAGGAAAAUGCAUAAGAUAAAGAGUAAAGGUUCUUUUAAAUUAAAUCUCGAACGCCCCAUAACGAAAAUAGCAGGAAAUGGUUUCGAUCCAUUGACUUCUGGGUUAUGGGCCCCGCACGCUUCCACUGCGCCACCCUGCUUCUUGGGAGUAAUAGACCAGUUGUAUAUAUUAUAUCUCUCGUUUCUAGUCGCCUCUGGUGGUACUGCAGAAUAUCAAAUUACUGAAGAUCUAUGGAAUGUUGCUGCUUGGUACUGUCAGACUAGUCUUCUAAUCAUUACCGAUAUGACCAAGUUAUUGCUUUUUGGAACACAUCAAAUGAUACAAGCCUGCUUCGCCCAUAACCCAGAGGUCAUUGGAUCGAAAUAAUUUCCUGCUAUCAUUUUUUUAUGGCUUUGCACUUUACAUUCUAGUUUUCUGUCUCUAUUUCUUCCGCAAAAAGAAGUUUCGAUAAUUAUUAGAGCGUUCUGUGUCACGACCUGCUCUCGUGGCCCAGUUGGUUAGUGCGUCGUACUUAUAAGCAGAACAGGAGUAUAUGCGAAGGUCGAGGGUUCGAUCCCCUCCGGGAGCAAGUUUUUAGUAGUCUUCCCUAACGGUGGUUUAGCGUACAAGUUUUGGUGUCUGAAUAUUGUUGCAUUGGGUUGUUAAGUUCCCACGAAAGGGAUUGUGGUCGUUCACAACUCAAAUAUUUUUCAAUAAUAUUAGUCGAGUUAUCAACAUAUAUCAGGAAUAAAAGUACGUUUUCCAUGUUGUCUCGAAGAUUAGUCGAAAAUGUGAAAAACGUGGAAUCCUAAAACUGAAUCAUUGAUUGAAUCACUGAAUUCUAGUGUGAAUCAUUUAAUGGUAGAUUAAAUUAUUGAAUGCACUGGACCCUAGGAAUCAAUAAUCAUGGCUUUAAUGAUUCAAUAAUAGGAUUCUAACUCGUGAUAUGAAAAAAAAAUUGGGAGGAAAAUGCAUAAGUUAGAAGUGUAAAGGCCUUUUAAAUUAACGUUCAUACGCUGCAUAACGAAAAUAGCAGGAAAUGGUUUGGAUCCAUUGACCUCUGGCUUAUGGGCUCAGAACGCUUGCUCUGCGCCAACCUGCUUCUUGGGAAUAAUAGACCACUUGUAUAUAUUAUAUCUCUCGUUUCCGGUCGCCUAUGCUGGUACUGCGACAUAUCAAUUUACUUAAGUUCUAUGGAAUGUUGCUGCUUGGUGCUGUCAGAAUAGUCUUCUAAUCAUUACCGAUACGAUCAAGUUAUUUCUUUUUGAAACACAACAAACGAUACAAGCCUGCUUCGCCCAUAAACCUGAGGUCAUUGGAUCGAAAUAAUUUCCUGCUAUCAUAUUUAUUAUUGCUUUGCACUUUACAUUCUUGUUUUCUGUCUCUAUUUCUUCCGCAAAAACAAGUUUCGAUAAUUAUUAGAGCGUUCUGUGUCACGACCUGCUCUCGUGGCCUAGUUGGUUAGUGCGUCGUACUUAUAAGCAGUGCAGGAGUAUAUGCGAAGGUCGAGGGUUCGAUCCCCUCCGGGAGCAAGUUUUUAGUAGUCUUCCCUAACGGUGGUUUAGCGUACAAAUUUUGGUGUCUGAAUAUUGUUGCAUUGGGUUGUUAAGUUCCCACGAAAGGGAUUGGGGUCGUUCACAACUCAAAUAUUUUUCAAUAAUAUUAGUCGAGUUAUCAACAUAUAUCAGGAAUAAAAGUACGUUUUCCAUGUUGUCUCGAAGAUUAGCCGAAAAUGUGAAAAACGUGGAAUCCUAAUUAAACUGAAUCAAUCAUUGAUUGAAUCACUGAAUUCUAGUGUGAAUCAUUUAAUGGUAGAUUAAAUUAUUGAAUGCAAUGGACCCUAGGAAUCAAUAAUCAUGGCUUUAAUGAUUCAAUAUUAGGAUUCUAACUCGUGAUUUGAAAAAAAAAUUGGGAGGAAAAUGCAUAGGUUAGAAGUGUGAAGGCCUUUUAAAUUAACGUUCAUACGCUGCAUAACGAAAAUAGCAGGAAAUGGUUUGGAUCCAUUGACCUCUGGGUUAUGGGCCCAGCACGCUUCCUCUGCGCCAACCUGCUUCUUGGGAAUAAUAGACCACUUGUAUAUAUUAUAUCUCUCGUUUCCGGUCGCCUAUGCUGGUACUGCGGCAUAUCAAUUUACUUAAGUUCUAUGGAAUGUUGCUGCUUGGUGCUGUCAGAAUAGUCUUCUAAUUAUUACCGAUACGACCAAGUUAUUGCUUUUUGAAACACAACAAACGAUACAAGCCUGCUUCGCCCAUAAACCUGAGGUCAUUGGAUCGAAAUAAUUUCCUGCUAUCAUAUUUAUUAUUGCUUUGCACUUUACAUUCUUGUUUUCUGUCUCUAUUUCUUCCGCAAAAACAAGUUUCGAUAAUUAUUAGAGCGUUCUGUGUCACGACCUGCUCUCGUGGCCCAGUUGGUUAGUGCGUCGUACUUAUAAGCAGUGCAGGAGUAUAUGCGAAGGUCGAGGGUUUGAUCCCCUCCGGGAGCAAGUUUUUAGUAGUCUUCCCUAACGGUGGUUUAGCGUACAAAUUUUGGUGUCUGAAUAUUGUUGCAUUGGGUUGUUAAGUUCCCACGAAAGGGAUUGGGGUCGUUCACAACUCAAAUAUUUUUCAAUAAUAUUAGUCGAGUUAUCAACAUAUAUCAGGAAUAAAAGUACGUUUUCCAUGUUGUCUCGAAGAUUAGCCGAAAAUGUGAAAAACGUGGAAUCCUAAUUAAACUGAAUCAUUGAUUGAAUCACUGAAUUCUAGUGUGAAUCAUUUAAUGGUAGAUUAAAUUAUUCAAUGCAAUGGACCCUAGGAAUCAAUAAUCAUGGCUUUAAUGAUUCAAUAUUAGGAUUCUAACUCGUGAUUUGAAAAAAAAAUUGCGAGGAAAAUGCAUAGGUUAGAAGUGUGAAGGCCUUUUAAAUUAACGUUUAUACGCUGCAUAACGAAAAUAGCAGGAAAUGGUUUGGAUCCAUUGACCUCUGGGUUAUGGGCCCAGCACGCUUCCUCUGCGCCAACCUGCUUCUUGGGAAUAAUAGACCACUUGUAUAUAUUAUAUCUCUCGUUUCCGGUCGCCUAUGCUGGUACUGCGGCAUAUCAAUUUACUUAAGUUCUAUGGAAUGUUGCUGCUUGGUGCUGUCAGAAUAGUCUUCUAAUCAUUACCGAUACGACCAAGUUAUUGCUUUUUGAAACACAACAAACGAUACAAGCCUGCUUCGCCCAUAAACCUGAGGUCAUUGGAUCGAAAUAAUUUCCUGCUAUCAUAUUUAUUAUUGCUUUGCACUUUACAUUCUUGUUUUCUGUCUCUAUUUCUUCCGCAAAAACAAGUUUCGAUAAUUAUUAGAGCGUUCUGUGUCACGACCUGCUCUCGUGGCCCAGUUGGUUAGUGCGUCGUACUUAUAAGCAGUGCAGGAGUAUAUGCGAAGGUCGAGGGUUCGAUCCCCUCCGGGAGCAAGUUUUUAGUAGUCUUCCCUAACGGUGGUUUAGCGUACAAAUUUUGGUGUCUGAAUAUUGUUGCAUUGGGUUGUUAAGUUCCCACGAAAGGGAUUGGGGUCGUUCACAACUCAAAUAUUUUUCAAUAAUAUUAGUCGAGUUAUCAACAUAUAUCAGGAAUAAAAGUACGUUUUCCAUGUUGUCUCGAAGAUUAGCCGAAAAUGUGAAAAACGUGGAAUCCUAAUUAAACUGAAUCAUUGAUUGAAUCACUGAAUUCUAGUGUGAAUCAUUUAAUGGUAGAUUAAAUUAUUGAAUGCAUUGGACCCUAGGAAUCAAUAAUCAUGACUUUAAUGAUUCAAUAUUAGGAUUCUAACUCGUGAUUUGAAAAAAAAAUUGGGAGGAAAAUGCAUAGGUUAGAAGUGUGAAGGCCUUUUAAAUUAACGUUCAUACGCUGCAUAACGAAAAUAGCAGGAAAUGGUUUGGAUCCAUUGACCUCUGGGUUAUGGGCCCAGCACGCUUCCUCUGCGCCAACCUGCUUCUUGGGAAUAGUAGACCACUUGUAUAUAUUAUAUCUCUCGUUUCCGGUCGCCUAUGCUGGUACUGCGGCAUAUCAAUUUACUUAAGUUCUAUGGAAUGUUGCUGCUUGGUGCUGUCAGAAUAGUCUUCUAAUCAUUACCGAUACGACCAAGUUAUUGCAUUUUGAAACACAACAAACGAUACAAGCCUGCUUCGCCCAUAAACCUGAGGUCAUUGGAUCGAAAUAAUUUCCUGCUAUCAUAUUUAUUAUUGCUUUGCACUUUACAUUCUUGUUUUCUGUCUCUAUUUCUUCCGCAAAAACAAGUUUCGAUAAUUAUUAGAGCGUUCUGUGUCACGACCUGCUCUCGUGGCCCAGUUGGUUAGUGCGUCGUACUUAUAAGCAGUGCAGGAGUAUAUGCGAAGGUCGAGGGUUCGAUCCCCUCCAGGAGCAUGUUUUUAGCAGUCUUCCCUAACGGUGGUAUAGCGUACAACUUUUGGUGUCUGAAUAUUGUUGCAUUGGGCUGUCAAGGUCCCGCGAAAGGGAGUCGGGUCCUUCAAUACUCAAACAUUUUUUCAAUAAUAUUAGUCGAGUGAUCUACAUAUAUCAGGAAUAAAAGAACGUUUCGCAUGUUUUAUCGAAGAUUAGCCGAAAAUGUGAAAAACCUUAAUUGAAUCCUAAAACUGAAUCAUUGAUUGAAUCAAUGAAUCCUAGAUAGAAUCAUUUAAUGGUUGAUUAAAUUAUUGAAAGCAAUGGACUGUUGGAAUCAAUAAUCAUGGCUUUAAUGAUUCAAUAUUAGGAUUCAAACUGAUGAUUUAAAAAAAUUGAGAGGAAAAUGCAUAAGAUAAAGAGUAAAGGCCUUUUAAAUUAAAUCUCAAACGCCUCAUAACGAAAAUAGCAGGAAAUGGUUUCGAUCCAUUGACCUCUGGGUUAUGGGCCCAGCACGCUUCCACUGCGCCACCCUGCUUCUUGGGAGUAAUUGACCACUUGUAUAUAUUAUAUCUCUCGUUUCCAGUCGCCUCUGGUGGUACUGCGGCAUAUCAAAUUACUGAAGAUCUAUGGAAUGUUGCUGCUUGGUGCUGUCAGAAUAGUCUUCUAAUCAUUACCGAUACGACCAAGUUAUUGCUUUUUGGAACACAUCAAAUGAUACAAGCCUGCUUCACCCAUAACCCAGAGGUCAUUGGAUCGAAAUAAUUUCCUGCUAUCAUAUUUAUUAUGGCUUUCCACUUUACAUUCUAGUUUUCUGUCUCUAUUUCUUCCGAAAAAACAAGUUUCGAUAAUUAUUAGAGCGUUCUGUGUCACGACGUGCUCUCUUGGCCUAGUUGGUUAGUGCGUCGUACUUAUAAGCAGUGCAGGAGUAUAUGCGAAGGUCGAGGGUUCGGUCCGCUCGGGGAGCAAGUUUUUAGCAGUCUUUCCUAACGGUGGUAUAGCGUAUAGGCUUUGGUGUGUGAAUAUUAUUGCAUGCGGCUGUUUAAGUUCCCGCGAAGGGGAUUUGGGUCGUUCACUACUCAAACAUUUUUCAACAAUAUUAGUACAGUUAUCAACAUAUAUCAGGAAUAAAAGAACGUUUUUCAUGUUGCCUCGAAGAUUAGCCGAAAAUGUGAAAAACUUUGAAUCCUAAAACUGAAUCAUUGAUUGAAUCACUGAAUCCUAGAUAGAAUGAUUGAAUUGUACAUUAAAUUAUUGAAUGCUACGGAUCCUAGGAUUCGAUAAUCAUGGCUUUAAUGAUUCAAUAUGAGGAUUCAAACUCAUGACUUGAAAAAAAUUUGAGAGGAAAAUGCAUAAGUUUUUUCUUAAAGGCCUUCUAAAUGAACGCUCAAACGCUCCACAACGUAAAUAGCAAGAAAUGGUUUUGAUCCAUUGACCUCUGGGUUAUGGGCCCAGCACGCUUCCACUGCGCCACCCUGCUUAUAGGGUGCAAUCGACCAGUUGUAUAUAUUAUAUGAGUAGAAAUUCUGAAAGCAAUAGAAAUCAUAUUUCUCUUAAAAUCGCAAUUAAUUUGCGAAACUUGUUGUCUCGAACAACCCAUUUAAUUUGCGAAACUUGUUGUCUCGAAAAAUUCUAUUUUUCUGGAUUCUGUGUCGAAAAUUUUAAUUAGCAUUCCAUAAUGCAUUUUCGUAAUUUAAUUUUUCGACAUGUUUGCUUAGAGAGGUCUUGUAUUUAUGAAAUAGAUUACAUUUUCCCGUUGUCUGUUCAGUUAUAGAUGCACAUUAUGACGUCAUAUGUGGUAAGAACAAAAAAGUGUUCACGAGCCGCCUAGGCGAGUGGUCACUUUUUGUUCUUACCACAUAUUUUUUUAAUUUUAAUUUAAUUUUUUUAAUUUAACAGCUUUGUUUGGCACGCAUGCAAACAGGCACACAUUAUUGUACAUAACUAGCACAAACUAACAUGCACAAGAAUAACAAAUGAAUAUGUAAAAACGUGCCAAAGAUGGAGAAGCACAAACGAGACUAGAUCCCUUGCAUGGUGCUCACCAUUAAUUAAUCAGGACAGUAUAGAGAAAACAACACGUUAAUAUAGAAUAGAAAAAGUACAUGAGAAGAAGUAAAGAAAUUAAGACAGAGGAGAAAAGAACGACUGAUAUAGAAGAUAUUAUUCAGUCGUGAUCAAUGUGUGUGAGCUAGGUAAGUCAGGAGUGUAAACAGUGGCAGUAAGUUGGAGGUAAGUCUUGUGGAGGUAUGUUUUGAAGGAGGAGAGAGUGUCGAAGCUGUUCGAAGGAGCAGUUUUACAUGCAUAGUUCCACAGAUUUACAAUCCUAACAAAGUAGGAACUCUGGAAUGUGCUAGUCUUACAAGCUUGUGAUCUUAAAAGCUGAGAAGUUCCCGCACGUGUUCUGCUUGUCGUAGUUUCAACAUAAUAUUCCACGUCAAGAUCUAUCAAAUUGUUCCUGCAUUUAUAACAAAAGAUCAGAUCUUUCUGUUCUCUAUCGUACACAAGCGGGACUAGAUUGAGUUUUUUUAACCGUUCCACAUAAGAAAGUUCUCCACGUUUUUUCGUUAGGAUCCACAUUGUUGCUCUCCUCUGGACACCUUCGAUUUUUAUUGAGAGCUGUCUGCUACUGGGACACCAGACUUCACAUCCGUACGUGAGCUGAGUUUUAACCAACGUCAAAUACAAGGUCCGCCUAACUUGGGUGUUCGUAAUUUCAAAGCAUGUUCUUUUAAGAAGACCAAGCAUUUUGUUUGCCUUUGCAACCAUCUUUAAUAUAUGAGGGCCCCAUUUCAGAUCACUAGAUACAAGAAGGCCAAGAUCUUUUUCGGCUUUGCAAUUCAAUCGGCUUCCGUUUUCUUGUAGCCGUCAACACCUUGCACUUUUCUGUGUUGAAUUUCAUCCUCGAUUUCGUACUCCAUCAAGUUUUCUUGUAACGAUUGGCAGUUGUCUACUGAUCUUAUUUUACUGUAUAAUUUUGCGUCAUCUUCAUACAAUGCGGUGUUUGUACUCGAUGAUACAUUGUCGGGAAGAUCAUUUAUAAAUAUUACGAAAAGUAAUGGUCCCAAAAUGCUACCUUGCGGUAUACCAGAUGUAACAAAAGUCCAUGACGAUGCUGCGCCCUCGAUAACAACUCUCUGCUGUCUGCCGUUCAAAUAACUUUCGAACCAACGUAGAAGAGAACCAUUUAUACCAUGUAUUUGUAGCUUUUCUAGCAGAAUAUCGUGAUCUACCGAGUCAAACGCUUAUAUGAAGUCAUAUUGUGUAUCUAUAACUGAACAGACAACGGGAAAAUGUAAUCUAAAAUUGAAAAAAUUGCCGAAUUAAGCAGGUAAACAGCUUAUUUUUAUUCCCCCAAACAUUGGAAGUCGAAAUUUUGCAAAUAUCACGCGUACAUGAUUUAUACAAAUAACGAAAUGCUAUUGGCUCGCGUACAUUGUAUUGUAUUGUAUUGUAUUGUAUUAAAACUUUAUUUAAAGACACUAGCCCCGUCAACGGUGCGUUGGUUUCCACGGGGGGGCGUCAACAAUGUUAAAAAUUACAAAAGAUAUAAGGGAAAAGAAGACUAUUUACAAAUUGGUGUGACCCCAGAUGUUAUGGUUAGACGGAGUUACAAUUUAUUUCAAAUAUAUAUAGUAUUAGAGUUAAGUUUUAAAUGGCUUUUGAACAGGUGCAUUGAUUCUGCCAGUUUCGUAUCGAUAGAGAGACUAUUCCAUAGCUUAGCCCCACUGUAUUUAAAACUCUUUUUUAGGAAUUCUCUUUUAGGCUUAGGAAGAGCCAAAUCUGUAUGACUAUUUCUAAGAUCAUAAUUUGUUUGCAUAUGAUUGCGUCUUAUCAAGGAUUCUUUCAACGUAGGUCCUAC